AUGCGUUUUCUGAUGGUACCAUUGGCUUUAAUUGCUGUUGUUCUUAUAUUCAAGGUACAUGGUCAAGACUUUACUAAACUUCAAUUCACAGAUUGUGGUAGUAAACAUAUCACUAUUGAAGAAGUCGAUGUAAAACCAAUGCCUAUAAUUAAUCCCGGUCCUGCUUCCAUGACAUUUGUUGCACAGUUGAAGAAACCUGUUACUAUUUUAUACAUCAACCUUAACAUAAUACGUACUGUUAGUGGAAUUGCACUUCCAGUAAGAUGUUAUAUCGUUAAUGGACAAAAUGUUGGUUCAUGUACAUAUCCUGAUAUCUGCGCAUUUAUUAAGGAUAUGGUAACUGACUUUCAUCCUGACACUUGUCAUCCAACUCUAAUUCAACAUGGCAUUAAUUGCGUAUGUCCAUUCAAUAUUCCAAUUCAAAGACUUCUUUUCAGAGAUCAUCCACUUGAUCUUCCAGAUGCUUCACAAUCAGCAGCAACUUUCAUGGCUUCCGGUAAUUUCGAUAUAACAGUUAAGGCUACUGAAAGCGCUGCUGCAAAUGCUGAACUUUAUGGAUGUGGUAGAAUUCACUUUACAGUCAAACAAUACAAACCAUAA